AAUAGUUUUUUUUUAUAGCUAGAUAUUAACUUUUAUGCGACAUUCUUCUCGUUUCUUCCUUCUUAUUUCUUCUUCAUUCGACUCUUCAUUUCACCUGUUCGUCGCGCUACGGAUAAAACCUCUUUUAAGGGCAACCCUUAGGCCUCGUGGUGAUGCCGGUUUUCAACUCCAUUUUUUUCGAUUUCUUCUUCGGUUAAAUCACUGACCCAUCUAAUGAUGUUAUAUUAACAAACAGUUACGAAAAGAAAUAAAAAAAAGAACGUGUAUGCAUCAUCUCCAACAGGUUUUUUGGAAGAGAGCCAAUUUCACAAGACAAGGUGUGCGUUGUGUAUCUUGAUGCUUUUGCAUUGGCACUCUCUCUCUGUCAAAUAAGAAUGUGAAAAAUCAUUCUCUCAACUUUCAUUACUAGUUGUGUUCUACACAUUCUGUAAUUGCUUUUUAUUUAUCUCUAAUGACUCUGGAUUCAGGCUAUUGUUUUCGAAUGAUGAUUAAUUGAAGAGAUUCUGAUGAGUCAAAUAGCAGAGUCAUGGCAUUUACAUUAGGUUUUAGUUCAAGUUCAUACAAUUUAGAAAAGAAACGAAACAGUCGUGAUAGCUUUGCUGUUCCUCGGAUAUCGGUUACUCAGGUAGUGAAUGGGGUCAAAAUUCCACCUGAAGAGGAAGAGGUCAGCGAAAGAGGAACAUGGUCCAAAAGCAUUCAAAGUUUGUUUCUUUGUUUAUCCAUGUCUGUUGGCCUUGGAAACAUAUGGCGGUUUCCUAAUGUAGCCUAUAAUAACGGAGGAGGAGCAUUCCUGAUUCCAUAUUUGCUACUAUUAUUUAUCAUUGGUCGGCCAUUGUAUUACUUAGAGCUUAUUCUUGGACAAUUUUCAAGUCAAGGACCGAUAAAAGUUUGGAGAAUCGUACCAGCAUUGAAAGGAAUUGGAUAUGCACAGAUAAUAUCUGCGUCAUACGUUGCGAUAUUUUAUAAUUACUUAAUGGCAUUAAGUGUAUUUUACAUCUUUUCAUCAAUGCAAAGCUGCCUACCAUGGACUGCAUGCAACAUCUUAAACGAGUCAAUGUCGCUAAAUGUGUCUCUUUCUGAUGACAUGGCUAUGUCUGAAUAUUUUUGGCGGACUGAAGUUCUACAGAAGCAAGUAGAUACUGAUUACUUAACUAUAAACUGGAAGCUAGUUUUAUGCCUGUUACUGACAUGGACUAUAGUGUAUACUUCAGUCAUUCAAGGAACAAAUUCUUUAGGAAAAAUGUCAUAUUUUACAGCAAUUUUUCCUUUCUUUGGUCUUAUUUGCUUGCUUAUUAUCGCUUGCUUAGAAGAAGGCGCAGGAGAAGGCAUUAAAUUUUUCUUCAAGCCAGAUAUUGAGAAACUAAAAGACGUUAACGUAUGGUACAAAGCAACGGAGCAAUCAUUCUUUUCUUUGAACAUAGCCUAUGGUAGUAUAGUAAUGAUUGCAAGCUACAAUAAAUUCCACCACAAUAUUUACAGAGAUGCGAUAAUUAUUAGUGUUCUCGAUACAAUUGUAAACUUAUUGGCAGGAUGUGUCAGUUUUGCAGUACUGGGAUCACUGUCUUAUAAGUAUUCUAAGAAUAUAACAGAAGUUGUUGAUCAUGAAGGCUUAGGAUUGGCAUUCAUAGUAUAUCCAGAAGCUUUAGCUAAUAUUUCGUAUGUACCUCAGUUAUGGUCUGUCUUGUUCUUUUUUAUGCUUUUUGUCCUCGGAGUUGGAAGUUCGAUGUCAAUGAUAGAAACACUAUUGACAGUUCUGAAAGACAGAUUUCCAAGCCUGAGACAAAGAAAAUGGCUCAUCGCUUUAGUUAUUUGUAUGCUUUUUUGUGCUUUAGGAAUACCACUUACUACGAGUUCUGGGCAAACGAUUUUGGUUCUGUUGAACAACUAUGGAGUAGGUGUUGCUAUAUUCUUUUAUGCUGUAUUUGAAGUUGUUGGUGUGACAUGGAUAUAUGGUUUGAACAGCUUUUGUAAGGAUGUUACAUAUAUGCUUAAUAAACCUCCGGGAAUAUUUUGGAAAAUUACUUGGGCUGUUACUGCCCCAGUUGCUUUGACGGUGAUAUUCCUAUUCGGAGUAAUUCACACGGAAACUGAUAAUAAUCCUUCUGUACCUCAGUGGGCUACAAUACUAGGGUGGAUACUAGCUGCUUUUGCUCUAGUACAAAUUCCACUUUGGUUCAUUAUAACAUUGUACAAGGAUUCCAGCGUUGGUAUUGUUCAGAAAUUCAUAAAUAUACUAAGACCAUCUGAAAAUUGGGGUCCCAGUAGUCCGAUUCAUUUUGCAGGAUGGAAGUCAUAUAAAAACCCUGAUCAACAAUCAAAACAACCUGUAAAUUUAGCUUCAACUGUGCCAGCUGCAUAUGAAAACCAAACAUUUGCAGAAGAUGUGUUUUGAAAGGAAUUUGUGGCAUUUGAUUUUAACUUGUUUAUUUAAUUCUAACUUGUUGCUUAUAUUGUAUUGUAUCCAUAACGUUUUUAAUCUGCAGAAUUUUUCCAUUUCGCAUUACAUUCUGUGAUAAUUAUUGUUUCAUUUUUGCACAAUAAAAUUUGAUUUUACACUUU